UCUGUGCCUGCCCAGGACCUAACCAUCUGGAGGUGUGUAGACACUGGGUGAUGGAGCCUCUACUUACUGCCUCCAGACAAUAAAUCUGAUUUAUGACACUGCAGACCUCUAUACACUCAUCACUUUACGAGCCGGGACUCCAGCAACUACACAUUAAGGUACAAUGUCUAUAACGCGGAGACUGAGGCAAGGGUCUACAUUAGGAAGCAUCUUUGCCUUGGCAAUAUUUGCCUGGAACAUCUAUUUUUUUCAGUCCUUGGACUCUGAAGGAAACUUGGCUUCUCCUAACACCAUUACCACCAUAUUGAUUUGGCAUUGGCCAUUCCACAAGCCCAUGAACCUCUCAGGAGAGGUUUGCCUUAACAUCUACAACAUCAAGAACUGUAGACUGACGGAUGACCGAAACAUGUUCAGUAAUAGCAAUGUGGUUGUCUUCCACCACAAAGAACUGCAAACCGUAGGUCAUAAGAUGCCUACUGGACCUAGACCUUCUGAGCAGCUGUGGGUUUGGGCAACUCUAGAAUCUCCUACCAAUACUAAAGGUCUUGAGAAAUGGAAUAACACGUUCAACUGGACAUUGACUUAUCGAGAGGAUUCAGAUAUCUUUGUUCCGUAUGCAAAGAUGGUUCCGAAUUUGAUCAUGGAAUGGAAUGACACCCUGAAGACAGGUUUAGUCUCCUGGGUUGUCAGUAACUACCAUCAGGUUCAACAAAGGGCAAAAUUUUACAAAGAGCUUUCUUCAUACCUCAAGGUUGAUGUAUUUGGUAAAGCCAGUAGGAAACCUUUAGGCUCCUCAGAUCUUCUCCAGAAGAUGUCCAAAUACUACUUUUAUCUGGCAUUGGAGAAUUCUGUCCAUAAAGACUACAUCACAGAGAAGCUGUGGCGGAACGCCUUCCUCGCUGGGGCAGUCCCUAUUGUACUAGGUCCACCACGGGAGAACUAUGAAAAGUUUAUACCUCCCGACUCCUUUAUCCAUGUGUCAGACUUUCCAUCUCCCAAACAUCUGGCAAUUUUUUUACAGACAAUGACCCCACUACGCUACCAAGAAUUCCUCCGCUGGAGGCAAGUAUAUGGUGUCAAACUGUACACUGACUGGAGGGAAAGAUUCUGCAUGAUCUGCUCCAAGUACCCGAGUCUACCCAAGAGCAAAGUCUACACAGAUAUAGAGACAUGGUUUAAGAGUGAAAACAUUGAAUGAUUACAAUUAAUGCUGAUGUUUACAUAAGGGGGCUGAGGUCAAUCCUAAAAUGUAUUACUACUAUACUAUACAAUACUACCUCCUACAUACAAGAAUAUAUCUACUACAAUACUGUCUCCUAUGUACAAGAAUAUAAGUACUAUAAUACUGCCUACUAUGUACAAGAAUAUAAGUACUAUAAUACUGCUC